UAAUCUUAUAAAUGGAAAACAUAUGUUACAAAAAUUAUUGACAUGAGUGUUGCUUUAAAUAUUCUGUGUUUUGAGAUUGUCAGUCAUAAAAUUAAUCUUCUAUAAUAGUUGAAGCCAGUCCAAGUUUAAUUUAAUUAUUUUUAAUAUCUUGACAUUACCUGUUUUAAUUCAUGGAUUUCUUUCAGGUUAUUAUUUAAAAAAAUUAUUCAACAUGUCAAUGGAUAGUGGACAAGGAAGUCUUUACACUCCACGACGAGCUCAAAAGUGCCUUUUUGCUUCAUCUAACAGUAAUUCUUACAAGAAAAGCAUAGUUCAAGAUUUAAAUAGGAGCAGAGAUGAAGCAUUCUCAGGUGACGAAUCAGAUUUGGGACCUAUGUCACCCUUGGCUCUUACUGAUCGAAGUCCAAGCAGUGACAGUUCUUCAGGCAGAGAAUUUGUUUCUCCCUUUGCAACACCUGAAAAAUUAUGUCGCUCAAAUAGCAUGCCUAUGACUUGGGAUCGUUUAACAUCAAGACGCUGCAUAGAAGAGCGUAUAUCACCUUUUAGCUCACUCAAAAAGAUUACUAAAGCUGCUAGAUACUCACCAAAAUACAAAUCAUUUAAUAGCAAUUUGUUGAGAUCAUUGCCAUCUUCUCCAAGUAAAGUGACAGAACCAUCAACGCCACAGCGGUUGAAGAUGAAUUCAACAGCAGACGAAAUAGUGCCUGAGACACCGCCACGAAGCUUUGCUACUGAGCUUCAAAAUCAAACCAUCAUGGAGACACCUCGGAAGAGCUACAGCCCCAGGCAAAUAACACCCUUGAAAUCUAUAACUAAGACAGCACCAUUGCCGAAGCUGCAUAGACGGAAAUCUUUUAGUACAUUUGAAACGAACCAAACUUCCUCACCUGAGAUAAAGGAAAAUGUAUUGAAAAGACGUGCUCCUCAUGAUCAGAUAACAAAUCCGGCGAAAUUAUUUAAAGCAGAUGAUACUUUUGCACCCAGAGCUAGAGCAGCACUAUUUCAGGACAGUAAGAACGAAUCUAGCAACUCGAAAGCCUUUUCAUUGAGUACAAAAACGUUUUACAGUAGCAGCUCGAGGACCGAACGACCUUUCGCUUUCGGCAGUUUUAGAAAUAACGACGUUAAAAAAAGACGAAGUUUACCUCCACAAAGCAGCAGACGUUCGAUAAGAAAGAAGCAGAGACUUGGUAAGAUGAAUGCCGGCGUGUUCCACGGAAUCAAAAAGCGCAGGCCUAAAAUAAAUCCAGAGACAUUGAAGAAAGAAGGGCAAAAUGCUGCACCUUCAAACAAAAAUCCAUCUAUCGAAGUAGUUCAGCCGAUAAAUAUGAUCGCGGAAAGAGCUUCCACGCCAGAAGUCGAUGAGAAUAAACAAUUUUUCAAAACGAUCAAACCAAGUCGCGCUACAGUGACAUUAAAUAAUAAAAUUAAAUUGAAGGUUGCGGAUGGUAAACUCGUAUUGAAGCAGAAACGCAUUUCUUCCACGACAAAUGCGCGUAAACAAAGGCCGAGAGCGGUGGACAUCUCUUUGGACGCGACUGACCUGACCGUGGACGAACCGGAGGUUGAAGCUACACUGGAGAAAGACAAAAUUGUUAAUAAUCUCUUGAAAAUAUUGGAGGACGACUGGGCGGAUGAUUAUGAUACGAUGGGAACAUUGGACAUGUUCCGAACCAAGGUUUCUCCGUUAAAGCCAGUGGCAAUAAUCCCGACAGACGAGAUUAUGUCUCCAGCUACUGAACUCAGUAACAUGACUUCAACGAUGAACAUCAAGGAUGUUGUUUCGCUAACGAACAUUGAAAGUCUUUCGCUUGACAACACGAACAGCAAUAAUGAAACUGCAAAGACCGGCGAGAAAGAAAAAUAUUUUCCAUUAUUUGCGAAAGGAUAUUCUGCACCUGAUAACAUCUUCGAAGAAACGAAUAAUGCGAAGUCCAGUAAAGCAAAAAGAAAUACACAAUGGCAGCUAUCCGCGAAAGGUGGUGGUGCGGAAGAUCAGUAUCAACUAGAUGCUGGUCAGAAACGUUUUGGUGCCACUCAGUGUCCAGAAUGCAACAUUAUAUACCAAUUGGGCGAUCCUGAGGAUGAAAACGCUCAUUUGAACUAUCACAACAGUAUACGGACUUUAAAAUUUCAGGGAUGGAAGAACGAGCGUGUUAUAAUGGAAGAUCCUUUCACGUCCAGCCGAAUAAUUUUAAUCGAACCACAUGACCCCAAGCAACAUUGGAAAAAAGUGUCCGAGAUUUUGACGGUUGUGGACAGAGAUUUGGGAUUGGCGGACAUGAAUACGUUAGAUUAUAAAGGCAAAAAGGUCUUCUUGUACAUACGCGAGAAAAGCGUCCUCGGAAUAUUGAUGACGGAACCCAUCAAAACGGCAUAUCGCAUGAUUCCCGAAUUAAUUGAGCUGAAUUGUUGUACCGCUGAGAGUACUCCUACGAAAUGUGGCAUAAACGUUAUCUGGACUACGAUGAGCCAUCGCAGACAGGGUAUAGCCACUAAGCUUCUUGAUACCUUAAGAACCGAAUACUUCUACGGCUACGUGAUGUCGUUGGACGACAUAGCAUUCUCGAUACCAACUCCAAGCGGCAAAAUUUUCGCCGAGAAGUACACCAAAACGCAAAACUAUAAAGUUUACAAUUAAAUGAAUUUUACUUAGGUCUAUUUCUUUCUUCAAGCUUCUCCCCAAACGUUUGUGUUUUUGUUAGCAAAAUACCGGUGUACUUAUUGCAUUACACAUUUUUUAUUCUAUUACAUUUUCCCUUGAAGUUAUAACUUCUUGUAAAAGUUUUACUAUAAGUUUGAUAUUUUUUUAAUUUAUAUAUUAAUACAAUAUUCAUAUUUUUUUAAUUCUUUGUUGAUAUAGCAUUUUAUUGAAUCAUUUCAAAUCUGACGAGUUUCUUUUGAUGUUAGUACGGUAUAAAUUUAGGCUAUAGAUAUACCGAUGCAGAUCAUUUUGAGAUUAAAAAAGAGAAAGUUAAGAGGCAGUUAAAAAAAAAAAAGUAAAAAGUUGCAAGUUAAUAAUAUGCGAUAUGAAUAUGUUUAAUUCGUCGUAUUUUUCAUUCACUAAGAUUACAUAAAUAAUAUAUAUAUAUUUAACAGGGAGGUUUUUAUAUAUUAAUUAAGAAAUAUGUUAUAUUUUAAAUUAUCUGUAUUUUGGACAAGAAAAAUGAGUCAAC